ACUUCAAAGAAACAAACAAAGGAAUAUAUUUUUUAAAGCAUUCGGCACAUGUAUUUACUCACUUUGUGUACAUGCCCCGUGGUCUGUCAGCCAAGAAGGAGGAGGUGGGGUGAAUCCUCGGUAGAGGAGAGUGUUAAAUCGCGAUUAUCAGAUUACAUUUUCUGUAGCUGCAAAAAUAACGGACAACCUUCUCCUAACGCCUGUCUGUGUGACAAAGGACAGGUGACACCGCUGACAGCGGGGUAAGUGCAGGUGAUGUUACUAUUAGGUUCGGGUGGUCAACACAGGGUGCGCCAGCUCCCCACAUCAAAACGCUUGUAACGAUUAAGCGGGAAUCUUCGCUGUUCGCCGACUGGGAGGAACUGGAGGAAGUGUUCGAGUGAAACAACCAAACACUGUGAAGGAAGCGUGAAAGUACGAGGUGACAGACGAGUGGGAAAAUACAAGUAAACAUUGUGGCUGCUGUGAAAAGUGUCAUACGACAGGUGUGACCUGCUGUCAGCCUACGUUAUGACAGGUGUGUCAUCCUAUUACCUAACUGCUGUGUCAAUGGGCGAUGUAACAGACGGGUACGUGAUGUAAACAAGCCAUUUCACUGACAGGUCAAUGCUGUCUCCAGAUCUACGCCUUGCUCUCUAACGGGUACUACCUUGUGGAACAAAGGGCACUCUAAUCGCGAAAAGACAAGAAACAGCUAAACCUUGAAGAAACAGCAGCAGAAGCAGCAGCAACAGCAGAUGAUAAACCCCCAUCAGUGGCGAGGCUCGCCGAGGCUGGCCAGACACUAGGUCGCUCGUGCAAGCUUGCACUCCCGUUCUCUGCCAUGGCGCUGCCGUCAGCAGAGUUGCCGUCCAGCAUCUUGUUUUGCCGGCUGUGCCAGUCGUUGUAUCGCCAGCCGCGGACGUUGCCAUGCCUGCACAGCUUCUGCGAUGACUGCCUCCGUCAGGUGGCCCCUAAAUGUUCCGGAACACCUGGGCAGCAGCCAUGCUUGGCCUGUCCGGUCUGCGGGCAAAACGCGCCGCUGACCGCUGCUGGGGUGUCCGGCCUGACCGCCAACGACUUCCUGACCCGAAUGUGCGGUCAGUACGUCGCCGAGGUGCAGAGGACGCUGGUCCUGAACAAGCAGCAAGGAGGCGCAGCUGCAGGAGGAGUUCAUCCGUACAGCGUGCUGCCCCCGUCAGGGCAAGCCUCUCUCUCCCCUUCAUUUCGUAGCGCUGUGUCCUCCUCCCCUCGGCAGCAAUCCGCUUUUGACUUUGGUGUCCAGGGUCAUGUGAGCUCGCUUACAACGCCACCUCGCACCGGCAGCAUCGGGGAAGCCUCCCCCACCUAUCUGACAACCGUCGGCACCGGUGGCUUCUCACCUCGACAACUCCUCGCCUCUUCAUCCUCCUCCCCAUCAGACGUGAUUACCCAGACGGCCAGGAGGGUGUCGGCCGAUUUCGCUGCCAGGAGUGGGGUUGGCGUCCAACGGCGGCUGAGCACCGCCUCUCGGGACGUCGUGCACUCGUGGGAACGCCUGCAGUGCAAGUUGCACAGCUUGCAGUCCGCCGCCCUCAAAGUGACCUACAGCCUGGACAGCGUCAACAUAACGGAGGCCGGGUGGUUGCAGCGGAAGGAGGACCUACGGCGGGCCGUACAGCGUCGCUCCGCGCAACUCCAGUUCUUCAUCAAGCGGCAAGAACGACUGCUACUGGCUGCUCUUGACUCCCGCCAAGCCGACGAGGGGUUCAUGGCUGCCACCGACGAGGCCCGCCAAAGCCUGCGCGGCAAUCUCAAGUUGCUCAUGCACGAGAUUGAUGUGGUCCGCAGCGUCCUGGACCUGGCUACGGAAGAGGAGCUGCUGGCUCUCAGCGGUCUGCUGAUCGACAGCAUUGUCUCGCAGACUCCGGUCGUUUUGACGACACCCGAGCUAAGCUUGGUUGUGGCGGAGAGCGUUCCCAUGGAAGAACUGGUCGGGCAAGUCUUCGGGUACCUCAGUUCCACCCCGGUGACGAGCGAGAUUUUCACGCCGGAGGCCAUCGACAAGGGUCUCCCCCAGUCUGAGCUCGAACAGGUCGUUCAAGGAGAAGACGUCACAACGGGCGUGACCACGGAUGCAAACAAAGGAGGCGACUUCGAAGACGGCUUGGACGACGUCGCUUUUAUGGACGAAAGCAGUAGCGAUGAAGAUGGCGAAGUAGUAAUCAUUGAAACUUUGGAGAUGGUGGACGGCAAGAUGCAGGUGGUGUCUAAGACGGAGCAAGUGGCCAAGCCUUCGAAGAAAAAGCCUAGCAAACGAGAAAGACCCGGCGAAACUUCGAAGAUCACGCAGACGACCACAUCGUCAGGACGGAGUGCUAUCUCUGGCGAGAAACUACAGCGGCAACCACAGAGCGAAAGGAGCGAACCCGCGAAUGUCGGACAAAGCCACGCCGGCCACGAGACGACGCCGGAAAACGGACAGGCUGACACGCAGCUGGACCGUUUCCAGAAUAUUCGUGAAUCGCUGCGGCAGAAGAGGCGCGACAUCCUACUCAACCCCGCGUCUUUGUCACGUCCGUUUCCAAGCCUUCCGGCGCCUGCUGCGCUUGCGGCCCGCGAGCGGCGCGUGCACUCUUUGGACCGCAGCCUCAGCCUGCGAACCGGCGGCAAAGAUCCAAGCAGUGGCGCUACCAGGUCGCAGGUGCCCACCGUCGCCGCCCCUCUCGUCCAGUCGCCGGAGCCCAAGACUAAUCCUAUUGUCGCCCUCGCCAGGACCUCCACGAGUUCCAGCGACGGCGAGGUUAAGGGUCACGAUCCGUCCAAGCCACAUCCCACGGUUUCUCCUGCCGCAGCGCAGGCGAUUCUUCCGGCAGAGGAGCGAGACUCAAGGCCCGUCCGUCGGGCAAUCAGCGCCGCCUCCGACCGCGCGUCCAAAAUGGAGUACCUGAGAGAAAACUGGCGCAAAAGGAAGGAACUCUUGAUUCAGACGGAAGCGUUUAUCAGCCCGCAGCCCGUGCAAGGCCUGCAGCCGGCGGAUGGAGAAGGUGGCGGGGAAGGGCUGUUGGCCACUACCGAAGACAGCGGCACUGGCAGCAACAGCAACAAGAACGACACGACCGCGUCGUCGACAGGAGGUGUCAAGGCCGCUGGGGGAGGAGGAGGGGUAAAGCAAAGUCUGAAGACACGUUUCUCCAACCUGAAGCAGGCGCUGAAGAAGAACGGCAACAAGGAGUCGAACGGCAAAACAGGGCCCCCCGUGCCACUGGAAACAGAGACCAGAGACGUUAACCCGGGUUCCACCAGCGCCACCGAGGUUUCCCAGCCCCAACUGGCGCCGAAGACGAGUAUGCACGAGGUGGAGCAGAAGGUCCUGCAGGACGUACAGAGCCUUCUGCAGCGACGCAAGAUCAGCCUGCCGCCCAACAUCAAAGUCAACCUGCCUUCCCCCGUGGCCCCUGCCGUGGCUGUCCCGGUUCCUUCCCCCCUCUCACCACCGGCGGAGGUCUCUCCGAACCCCCAGCUCCCGCAGGCUACCGUCGUGGCCUCCAAGCCUGCCAUGAUCGUGCGCCCACACCCCCGUGAGCUACCCCCGCCGUCCAGCCCCACUUCACCCGUCGGCGCGCCCAACUUGGAGACGUUGCCCGAGGAGGAAGGCAAGACCACACCCCUCACCACGCCCGUUCUGCCCAGACCCCGCCCCGGCCUGCGAAUCACGACCGGAAACGAAGCGGAUAAGGUCCGCCUGCAGCAAGUCCGCGAGAACGUCCGGCGAAAGAAGGAACGCUGGCGCAGUUUGUCCUUGACCUGAACCCCAAGCACAGGUCUCGGGGGUGGGUGGUGGGUGGUGGGUGGGGGAGGGACAAGACUACAGACGGCGCAGAUGGACGAUGUUGUGUGCGUCCAGUCAACGGCUUGCUUGAAUGUGCUGCUUCAGCGACGGCAUUUUGCAUUAGGGUACAUAAAAGUAGUACAUAAAAGUGGGAAGGGAAGGUGUUUUAUAAGCUUCUUGCGCUUUGACAUUAUUGGUUAAAAAAAAAAUCUGCAAUAACUAUGGAACGCACGAUGAACAAAAGUCAGAGCGAAAGACCAAGCGCGUGCACACCCACACACAGUUUAAAGGCCCUUAACCAGGCAAAUGUCGAUCGUGUGACCACAUUGUGUGAAGAUCACAAGAAACCAACGGGAAAUGUUCGGGGCAUUAGGACUUUCAGUGUGUGCUCGCUGUCUCACUCAUUCAUUCCCUCUUUUUGAUCUUUUUCACUUUUUAAGAUCUCCAGAAUGCCUUCUCUAUUCUACUACGUUUUUUUUUAAACAGCAAUUUAAGUUCCAUGCCCGUAAACUAAUUAACUUUGCUAAAGAUAUUCUUUACUAUUUAAAACUAACAGUUUCUCUAUCGGUAUUCUCAUCUCACUCUCCGUCCUUUUUGUUUUUCCACCCCAUCCCCCCAAAAAAAAACAAAAAAAAAACAACAACAACAACAACAACAACAACAAACAAAACAAAAACCAGAAACAAAACAACCGCCUACCACCACCAAUCUGGUUUGACAUUAUACCUUGCAGAAACCACAAAAGUACUGUUCAACGCAGAGGGUGGGGCGGGUAAUGGGGUCACACGACCCGUUUUGGGGCUAAUGAACAGAAACAGAUGUAGUAAAUCAUGUUCCCCCGUCAUUCUAUGUGCUCAGGCAGAGAAGUAAAUACCUCGUCGAGAACACGUGAAAUGUUUGCCAGAGUCGAUGACUAAGUGCUGUAAAAUGCGCCAGAUCUCUGAUCUUAAAUAAUAACGCCUGCAAUCUGCUCCAAACAGCCAAGAAAACUUUGCUUAAAGAGUGUAAGUGGCCUGCCUUCUAAGUUUGAAUAUCCUUUAGUUUAAUUUGUCCGGAAUAAAACGCAUUUUGGGGGCUUUUUGAUUUUGCUUAAAAUAUUUUUACUUUUCGUCACAGCAAAUAUAAAGCAUAAAUAAAGCGUAUAAUGAGAAAAGCAAUCGCUACAUCACAACAACUUGCAAAAGACUGAUCUUCGACCAUUUAGUAAACCACUGAGCAAAGAGGUGCAUGUCACGUGACGUACGGAUGAUGUUAACAAGUCAUUGCUAUCAGGAGAAGGUUCGAUAACCAGAACUACUCUGAAGUCGUUCUCAAGCAGACAGCAGGAUGACCAAAUUUUCACGCAUGUUCAUAACGGCUAUGUACAAACUUUGGCAAAUUAGGGUCAGACAUCUGUCAAUAUUCGCCCGGGUUAAGAUAUUCCGUAAGCGUGAUGCUCAAAACAAGGUUUACUAUUUCACGACCUGAAGCGAAUGCGGAACCCAAAUCCCCAUCUCCUACUAUUUACGCCGCGCGGAACGACCUGCCGCUUUCCCCUGCCGCGCUCAAAUGAUUUACACAUGAUCAUCGCUGCAGCUUGCAAGCCUAGAAUUUUGCCGAGUGAAAAAUAAAGGGCCUUAUAAACAGUAAACAGUCUACAAGUGUCCUGUAGUUUAUUUUCUGGUGACGAAACAUAGCAAACUGUUUCUUAUCUGGACACACUACAGUGCAUGUCUUGAGGUGGGACCAGUGCCAUAUUGCAGAGUAUUUUACUAAUAUUGCUACUGCUACUACAAGAUAUUUCGUUUUUACAAAUGGUUAUGGGCAUUCGGUAACUUCCUCAUGUAUACAGCUUAAUAUUUCUGAAAAAAAAACAAAACAAAAAAAAAGCUGCACCAGCUGUGAAGCCUGUAUGCUCACAUUGCUUUACUGGCUUAAAACGAAAUAAACUAUGUGAUUAAA